AUGCAACGCAACGAGACACACCCCAACACGGAAGCUACUGGGCCGACCGAUCAUGACGUCUCUGCGGUCUCCUUCCGACUCCCACCUUACUGGGACCGCCACCCUUCGAUCUGGUUCCUGCAAGCAGAGUCAAAAUUCGUGCUUUCUGGCGUGCGCACGGAACAACGCAAGUACCAUCUCGUUGUUUCGGCGCUGUCACCUGCCGCUGCCGAAGAGGUAUGUGACCUGCUUUCAGGACCGCCCUCCGCCACACCAUACAGCACUCUCAAGGCUGCUCUGUUGGAGCGAACGACGGUAUCACAGCGUUCUCGCAUCCAACAACUGCUCUUCGCGGAGGAAUUGGGCGACCGCCGGCCAAGCCAGCUUCUUCGCCAUAUGCGUACACUGAUGAGUAGCAGCACAACCCCCACAGAUGACAACUUGCUGCGCGAACUCUUUCUGCAGCGCCUUCCGGCCAAUGUGCAAAUGGACCUCGCCACUGCAUCCACGUUGGACCUCAACAGUUUGGCCAGCCUGGCAGAUAAAGUCCUGGAGGUAGCGACGCCGUAUGUGUGCAACGUCACGCCAUCAUCCAACAACACAUCGCAGCGGUUCAUCGACACGGUUAUACGCGGCUUGCCGUUCGUGUUCGCCUACGUCGACGACCUACUGGUGCAAGCACAUCCCACGAGGAACACCUGCAACAUCUCCGUCUUUUCGAGCGCCUGUCAGCAAACGGAAUAG